ACCCCGAUCAGCUUGACCUGCAUCUUCCCCACAUACAUACACAUACAAUACAUACAACAUCUCAAAGAGAUACCUCUCAUUCACUUCACACUCGCUCAUGGUUCACUAGAAAGAAGAUUCAUACACACGAUGAGCAGCGCAGAGGUAAUAAACGCACUGUUUGAACGAACAGUAGACAUCGUUCAAAGUUUACCAAAAACAGGUCCAAUUCAAACAUCUUAUGAAGAAAAGUUGGCAUUAUACAGUUUAUACAAACAAGCAACAGAAGGUGAUGUAAGAUCAAAAAGACCAGGAAUGUUGGAUAUGUUGGGCAGAGCGAAAUGGGAUGCAUGGGCAAAUCGAAAAGGAUUAGGAAGUCAAGAUGCAAAACAACUUUAUGUCGAAAGUAUGCUGAAAACAUUGCGCAAAUUCAGUGAUCGUCCACAGGCUAUGCAAUUGAUCGAAGAACUGGAAAGCUUUAGUGGUGAUGUUGCUCAACGUGUCAUGAGCGCUUCUUUGGCAAGAGCAGGUGGUUUGGAUAGCGAAGAUGAUUCACAAGCAAGCUCUGAAGCUUCACUUUCACCAAGGCUAAAUGCACAACAAAGGUUACCAUCAGGUGCAACAACUACAGGCGCAUACGAUACGGCAGCAGAAGAUGAAAGAGAUGCAGUUUCACAAUUACCAAGAACAUUCACUUCAAAUCGUGUUGGUGCCACACCAAAUGCGGGCAGUAGUACAAUCACUGGAAGAUAUCCCGGCUCAACCAGCGCUUCUGUAGCAGCAGGACUAAGAAGUGGUCAACGAACACCAAUGUCUGAAGUGGCAAGCGCAAUGGCUGUCAGAGGAGGUCCAACAGCCGCCGGAACAGCAACAGAAGGUAGUUAUGCAGGAGAUUCAGAUGAAGAUCGUGAUGUGGUGGCAGAUAGGGAUCCAAGAAGACAGAGCAACCCAACCCUAACCCGUCAACCUCUUCGACCGGCAAUGCGACCUGCUCAAGGACAAUCUUGGCAACGCUCUUCCGGUAGCUUGGCAGGCGGUGAAGGCAGACUGUAUGCUUUGCCUAAUUCUGCCAGAUAUCCCGGCCCACCUGCUAGCGACAUUCCAGGCGGUCGACAUACGAUGGCAGGUGGAGCGGGAGCAUCUCUUUAUUCAGCCAUUGGGCCAUCAGCAAGACCAACGCCCUCCGAACAACACUAUUAUCAUCAUCACGGAAACGCACAAGAAGGAACGGCGGCCGGAAGUACAAGACCUUAUGCACCUUCGUCUAUCGGAGGUAGAUCCGGCGGUGGUGGUCAAAGAGCCGUUCGUGCAGAUGUGGAUAUGGCGCUUCAAAGCAUUCAAGCAAGUUUGGCAGGAUUACAUGAACGUAUGAGCAGGGUGGAAAAUCGAUCUCCAAAAGGGCGUGGUGGUCAAGGUGGUGUUUUGAGUGGUUCAGGUCACUUUUCAUCAGCUUACAGAGCAUUGGCAGAUGCUUUACAUGAUAUUGCCGUCCUUUUGGGUCUAAGAAGUGAUGGAAGAGGAGGUGCGGCUCCUUCUACGUAUAGAGGUGAUGGAGCGGAAUCGGUUGGCAGUCGUGGAACAGGAACGGCAAGAAGAAUUAAAGGUGGUAGUGGAGGUGCAGGUGGAAGACCUUCAGGAUGGAGAACGAUAUUUAGAUUGUUCUUAGUUUUGAUCCAAAUUGCCGUUAGAGUGGCUUUGGACUUAACAAGUGUUGUGGUCGUCUUGACCUUACUCUUGUUCCUCAUCAGACGUACGACCGGUAGAGGAGAUCCUUUGUUGAUCUUGCGUCUUUUGCGUACUUGGCUAGGCGUACGUGUACCUGCAAGAGCUAUAGCAGCAGCCGAAAAGGUGACAAAGGGAAGUGAAUAGAGGAAAUGUAUUCAAUGAACUGUUUAAUAGUUUAUCAUGCAAAUGUUAUAAGCAUUCGUAUAUUAC